UCUCGAAUCUGCGUCGACGCACAGCACACAGUCUGGUCUCCCAGAAGUGGUGAUCGUGCCCAUUUCGCCGUGGUGCAUGCGCAGGGCUGUCUCCCCCGAAAUUGCGCAGGGGAUCUCACGGCCAAGCACGAAUCACAGCGCUCCAGGCCCUCAGCGCUGCCUCCCUUCUCACCCGCAAGACAACUCCUCCGCGUUCCCAGCUCGCUGGACUCGAAGGCAUCCUCAGCUACUGGACGCUGGGCACAGUGCGCUGCAGAGCCAUUCGGUCGCUAACAUUCACUUGGUCUCUUUCGUUCAGCAGUUUGCUUUUUCUAUUCUGCGCGACCAGCAGCUGCAGGGAAGUGGCUUUGGUUCACGGCCUCGUGCAUGCAGUCCCCCUCCGCACAUUCCUUACAAUCCUCCGCGCGCCUCCUUACUUCUUGAACCCGAAUUUCGUCCCGUUCUUCUUCGCAGCGGCUGCAGUGCUGGACCUCGAGCGUCUCUGCGCCCCCGUCGUGGUCGCCAGCUCGCCGUUGCUUCCCACGAUUAUCCCAGCCAAGCGCUGGAAGCACUUCGCAACGUCGUCAUCGCAACCGACCACCUGACUCGCCCACUGCUAAACAGCGCUCUUCGCCCUCGGACGCUGUGGUCGCCUCGCCAUAUAUCCUGACCGCCGCCGGCCGCCCGUUCUAUGGCCGCCUUUGCAUCGUCCCGUCAAACACCGCCAGUCCAGCAGUUGACGCCGCCCAGCAGCUCGCACGGCGCUGCAGCAUCUUGGGAGUUUGCCGUACCUCUGGACGGC